UAAAAGUAUUUUCUGAUGCAGGCAAAACUCAGAGCUGAAGAAGCAAAUAGGGCUGCAAUGGAAGCUCAGAGAAGAGAAGCAAAAGAGGCUGCUGAAAGGGAGGCCAAUGAAGCGUCAAGCCAGGCUGCUGUUCAGAAGGAAGCUUUAGGAUUGCAAACUAAAGCCAAAACCAAGGAAUCUGAAUUUGAAAAACCAAUAAAUUCAGCAUCAGCAGGUGACAUUACUAAAGCUGCAGAAGCUGCACUAAAGUUGGAGCGUGAAAGAUUAAAAAAGUUGGAAGACUUGGAUGAAGGAAACAAGGCAUUAGGAUUGAAUGUAAAUAAGGAGGUUUCUACUGGUGUGAAAAAGUUAUUGAGGGAAUUGUCUGGCCAGUACAGCGACUUCAGUAUUCUUUCCUCUUUAAAUUCUCAGGUAAAUCAUGUAACUUACUGUUUGUUUAGUAGGAUAUAUGUUUUUAUAUAUAUAUAUCUAUAA